ACGGAACAAUCUGCAUAGAACCCACUUUACCAAGAUGAAACCAGUCGAUGUCGACUAUGGUCGGUUGGCACAGAUGCCCGACCAUAUCAUUCAAACCGUCUUUGCCCUUCUACCCAAAACAUACAUGCCUGCAUUCUUUAACUGUCCGGAGUUGAAAGAUCUAGCAGCUGCCAGACAUUUCUCCAAACUACGAAUCUGGGAAUCACAACUUCCAGGAAGCAACCCCUACGAUCUGAUGUCCUUUGAAGAAUUUGAAAGCUUCUCCAGACGACCCGAGUUUGCAGAUGUCCCUAUGAACAAGGGUGUAAUCUCAGUGCGAACCAGAGAUAUCAGAACUCUAGCAAUUGAAGCACUUCAAAGGUUGGAGAGCUUCCGACUGCUCAGUGUCAACUGCUACUUCUAUAACCGAGACGAACUGAACCAAGCCGACGUUCCGGUUUUUGUAAACGUCCACCGCUUGUUACUCAUGUGCUCGUUCGUCGACUGGCUGACGUUUGAGCUACCACCCAACUUGGAACAGCUCACGAUAAUUGUGCAGCGGGACCCUCUCCCUGUUUCACGCUCUAGACUUUUUCCUCUCUCCUUGCUUUCCGUUCGCUUCGAUGGGGUUGAUUGUUCGCGCGGCCUUUUGGCAGCGUUACCACCGGCGCUACAGACGUUGGACCUCGAAAGAAUGGGAAAGUUCUCAGUUAGCGACUUCAAUAAAAUGAGGUUUGCGAAUCUCAAAGUUCUUUCCUUGGGCAGUAGAAAAGAUGUGCCGUUGUCUCUUGAAGGAAUUCUGCUACCUCCAACUUUGACCAAGUUCAACGUCUGGAGCGACAAGCUAUCAACCAUGUCAGAUCUUAUUCUACCUCCAUCAUUGAAAGAAUUAAAGGUGUGCUGUCCCCUGCUUCAUGAUUUUGGGUUCGAGUUGAUCGAAGGGCUAGAACGUUUGCAUAUCGUCCAAUCUAGCAUCUACUCGGCGACAUUGGACCGGAUAGAGUUUCCCCGGUCUCUAACGUCCUUGGCUGUCAGCAGCAGCUUGCUAUCCUCCCUUGCCUUUAUUCACCGCCUUCCAUGCACUUUAGAAGGUCUCUACCUACCAAACAACUGUUUUGGGAUCACUGAGAAUGAGGGUAUGGCCCUCGAACUUGUCUUUCCCAGGUCGUUGAAGCACCUUGACCUAAGUUCAAACCCAAGUCUCUUUACCAAAUACCAGCUACGCCGAUUCCUCUUACCUGAUGGCCUUUUAGAGCUCGUUCUUUCAAACACGGGGCUAUCCAGCAUACAUGGGGUUGACUUCCCCUCCACUAUCAGAACCUUAGACUUGGAGGAGAAUCCUCUCACCUCCAAGCGCCCCAGAGCACAUACAAGCGCGGGCGUAUUUUAAUACCGGAACAAUUGGACUGGAGUAUGGUGCGGUUCGCAUAUCUCUGCUUUAUUAGAUUUAGUGAUUAAAUUUUUGGCCUGGCUGGGUAACAGGGGAUUGUAGGAUAAGGAGUACUCUAUUUCCUCUGAGUGUAGGGAAGUGAAAACUUGAAUGGCUUACUGCAGUAUAAAAUAUAAUUUUUAACGCAGCUGUGGGUCGAGAGCCAAUAAACAAGCUCCCAGAAGUUGUCGGAAUCUGAUAAAUUAGAUUGUGAAAACAAUUAUAUUUCAUAUUUAAC